GCACAGCUACCGUACGAUAGCAGCAGACUUCCGUCGCGAUCCUUUCACGUACGAGUACGUACGUGCUCCCGUCCGACUCGCCAAAAACGCACGACCCACCAAGCACCAGCCGCCAAACGUCUGCGUGCAUACGUACGUACAUACAUACAUACCAUCCGUACGAUGAAUCCGCGGACCGAAGGAGCAGGACCAAGCGGGCCGUGAUGACAUGCCAUGCCAUGCCAUUCCAUGCCAUGCCAUUCCAUGCCUUGCGGGUGAAACAAUGCAUUCCGUCGUUCGGGUUGGCGAGCGUCCCGCUCCACCGGCAUCGCAUUGUUUCACUCCACCCUCCAACAACAAACAAACCCCUGGUCAACAAACACGCACAUCCUGCACAUCGAUGCGGAGGAAAGAGGAACGAAAACCAGCAACAAAAGACACACGAAAAAAACCAGCGGUUCCUGUUCCUUGCGAGGCAAGGCAAGGCAAGGCAAACCACCGUCCAAUGCAACCCAGCGUUGUGCUUUCUACUCGUGUGAUACGUGUUUGUAAACAGCAGCCGGUUGUUCUUAGUCUAUGUACAACAAGUAGUAUACUAUAUUGGUUUUUGCCGUAGCGGGUGGAGAGACCGAGCGGUUUUGUUUCCUGUCGUUUCGAUUCGAUUCGUUUUGAUUCGACUCGAUUCGAUUCGUUUCCUUCGUUUUGGUGUUCGUUCCUCGUUUGGCCGGUCGAUCGUUUCGUUUCGUUUCGUUUCCUCGUUUUCUUUCGCCCGGCCGAUCGCAACGUAGCGCAACGCAGACCGCUACCACGAGGGGAUCCCGGAGGUCCGUGUGGUCCUCGUUGUGGUCUUGCGAUCCAAACCACCACGAAUCCCUCCCUCCCAUGAAGACUUUGACAGAAAAGCCGAACAGAACCCCUUUUCUUCGAGGUACACGACUUCCGGGCUCUGUGCAAAUCCAAUCUCUCCACUACGAAGAUCCAACCCMCAGAUUCCCUUCCUCUGUGAGGAUAACACUGGAUCACGCGUUCUUUUCUUGCUCACGAGAAGAUUGUUGCUGUUGCGACCUCCCGGUUCAAACGUUCUUGCACUUGCGCAGGCAGGUUCUUCGAUGGAACGAAUGCGUACGGCACGGCACGGCAUGAUGGUUCCUCUUGCGUUUCCUCGUUUUGGUUCGC